UUUUUGAUGGUUCCUAACUUCAGAGUUUAAUUUUUUCUAAGCUUAAAAUUAAAUAACAGCAUAUAAUGAAUUUAGAUGAAAUGAUAACUAUUGUAGCUGGCAUUUCACGUGAUAGUGCUUUUACUUAUAGUUGUUUUAUUAUUGAAAGUUUAUCUCAAGUUCUACCAAAUUUUUCUGCGAAGAAAAUUGCUUUAAAAUCUUGUGAUUGGGAGGGCUGGAUGAAAAGCAAGUGUAAAGCACAUGGAUGGUCUCACUCUGGUUCACCUUUGAUUUGGCGUGAGACUGGUAUAUUUGGUGGGGAUCCAACUUAUGUUGGUGGAAGUCUUGAAUUUCAAAAAUUCAUAAAUACUUACUAUGGCAUUGAUAUAGUUCUUUCGAAAGCAGAACAAAAAGCACUGGAUUAUGACUAUUUACUGGCUGACAAUUUUAAAUCAGUUUAUGAUAAAGAGCAAUUAGACAUUCUUCAUUUUACAAUAUCAGGUGCUGGUAGAUCAGUAUGCCCUGAUUUAGUAAUGCAACUUGCAUCAAUGAAAGGCAUUUGUAAAAAUGGAAUAGAAAUUAAUCUUUUUGAUACACCUGGGCAUUUUUUCAAAAUCAAAGAUAUAGUUAAAGAUGCAUCAGCAAUUGGUGGUGAACUACGCUCAAUUCAAAUUUUAGAAAAUGUAUCCGAUGGAUUGGGAAAUUGUGACAUUUUGAUCAUUUUAGAUCAUAUAGCCAGAGAUGAACAGGAAAGUACAGAAAGUUGGUUAUCAAGAAAUUCUGAUGCAUACAAAGAAUUGUCAGAGCAAAUAAAUGUUUAUGCUAAUUCAAAUUUGAAAAUUAUCUUUUGUUCUACGGGACCAAAUUGUUUUUGUGCAAAUGUGAUAGUGAAAGAAGCACCAAAAAUCAAUAAAAAUAAUGUUAUUGUCAUUAGUGCACAUUAUGGUCUAGAAAUGAUUUAUGACUUUAUUAAAUCAAUGGAUGUAAAUUUAAAAGGGAUCAGUUGUCCGCCUGUAUGGGGAUUUUUAGGUAUAAAUCAAUAUGUGGAUGUUCAUCACAUUAUUCAAAAUUACUUGGUUUACUUUCCUAAUAAACGAGCAUUAACAUCUCAUACAGACUCUGCUCAGUCUUUAGGAAUCAAAUACUCGGAGCUCAGAUGGCUUUUCUACUUAGCAUUUAAUAAGAAGCCACAUGAAGCUCUUACCAAACGCAAGUCAAUAUGUAUGUAUCAUGUUGGAAGAACAGAGGAUUUUCAAAAAUGUAAGGCAAUCUGUGAUGUGUUAAAACUUUGGUAUGAAAAGGAUGAUACAAGAAUUGGAGAUGAAAUUAUUACACUUGGAAUCUUAUCUGAUGGAUCUUUCAACAUUCCGCAAGGAAUAUUUUUUUCGCAACCUGUACAUUUGAAGAUUCUCGAUGAUGAUUCACGAGUGUGGGUUCCGUGUCUUGAAUUCCCGUUACCAAAUGAUACCUCUAAAAUAUUAAAUAAUUUUAUCGAUACUGCUGAAUUAAUUUUGAAAAACACGAAUUUAAUUAAGUAAAUUAAUAACUAGAUUAAAAGUAAUCAUGAGAUUAUUAAUUUAAAUUGUGAAAAAAUUGCGCGGUGUUUAUUAGCGCCACCUAUUAAUGGUAUAAAUGACUGAGGAGGUAACCUAAAAAUUUAGAGUUUGCCGAAGCAAAUACCUAGUUUGUUUACAAAUCUAUCUUUUCGUGUAAAUAAAAGUUGCAAUAAAAAAAUGUCGAGUGACAGUAUAGAAAUGAAUCAAGAUCUUGCUAAACGUUUGCUACUUGAAGGAGGAACGUUAGUUCUUCUAGAUGUACCAACUGGAACAGAUUUUGGCAUUGACAUUAAAUCUUGGAACAGUGGAGAAAAUUUUAAAGGAAUUAAAAUGAUUCCACCUGGCUUUCAUUUUGUUCAUUACAGUGCUACAGAUGAAUAUGGAGAAUCAGCACCAAGAGUUGGUUUUUUCCGUAAUUUUAAAUGUCAAGACUUUAUUGUUAAGAGGUGGGAUAAAAAUCUUGAAGACCUCAGUUCUGAGCCUGUUCCAGAGGAAACAGUUGAAAGAUUAAAAGCUAAUUUAAAAGAGCUUGAUAGAUAUUUGGGGCCGUACCCUUUUGAUAUGUGGAAUCAAUGGAAAGAUCUUACAAAUAAAAUAGAUGAUUCAAUUGUGGAAAGAUGUUCUCCAGUAUGUGGAUUUGUUCGCUCUGCUCUAGAACUAGUUAACUUUGACGAUGCUUCAAGACCAAGAGGAACUGAAAGUAGAAAAAGAAAACGAGGUGCUGGUCUUACGGUUGAAGAAAAAGAACAAGAAUUAUUACCAGAUCUUAAGCCCAAACCAGGAACAGAACUAAGACUUUCGGAGCUACCUCAAAAGUUUUAUCCCGAUGAUGCAACUCCAGCAGAAAUCACAAGACAUUCAUUAGAUACCAGUUAUGCAUUAGAUACACUUCUCAAUAAAUUAAAAGAUCCAAUGGAAAUCAUUGGGGAAUUACAGUUAUCAUUUGUGUGUUUCUUGGCUGGUCAAAGUUUAGAAGCCUUUGAACACUGGAAAGGACUUGUCUCGUUGAUUUGUAAAGCAGAUUCAUUAAUACCUUCUCAGAGAGCUGUAUUCUCUGAAUUUUUAAAUGUGCUCGAAAUCCAACUUUCACAUGUUCCAGAAGAAGUUCUUUGUGAUAUAGUAGCUAGUAAUAAUUUUGUUUAUCAUAAUUUAAGAAAAUUAUUUGCUAAUAUCGAAUCAAAUACAAACGUAGACGAUAGAUUAAAAUCUCUAGCAAUAAGGGUAAGAGACAGACUUACAAAAAAAUUCUUAUGGGAUUUUAAGGAUUUGCAAGAGGAAGAUGAUGAUGAAGCCCCUGUUGUUGUGGCGUUAGAUUAAUUAAUGAAAUCUUUAAUCAUAAUAUAAAUUAUAACUAAAAUACCAAUAAGACGUAAAUAAAAUUUAUGAGAAUAUACUUCUACAAAAUAGUUUAACUAAAAUUUUCAAAAAGAUAAAUACUUUUUAUAAUACAUUAAAGUAAAAAGUGGUUAUAUCGGCUUCAUAUCAACAAAUUUAUGUUUAAAUUCCAAGUAAGCAAAAAAUGUUUCCGCCCGGGAUCGAACCGGGGACCUUCCGCGUGUUAGGCGGAUGUGAUAACCACUACACCACGGAAACGCGUUGUGGACGCAUCUUUUACAGGUCCGACUCAUUGGGUAACAGUAACCUUACUGUGUAAUGCGAACGCCAACGCCACUGAUAUAUACAUGUAUACGUAGAGUAGCUAGUGAAGCAGCCGCUUAUGGGUCAAGCAUGGAAACGUUAUACAACGAAAUUUUAUUUAUCAAAAAAAGAAAGAUAGUAUUGUUUAUUACAAUAUGCACAUGAUUCAUAUGCAAUUUUCACAUGUUUUGUAAAAGUAAUAUUGAGAUCACAUAAAUAUCGCUCAUUGCAUACACACAAAUCUACUAUAAAUAGUAAAAUAUUACGCUACGUUAUACAUAAAAUUUAUUUACAGUGUAUUCAAAACGUUCAAUUUACGGUCCUGUGAGGGAAAUUCUCUGAAGAAACUUUGAAUUCUGCGACGUUAACUUUUUCUUUUUCGGUGCUGUAAAGAAAAUUCGAGAUAUAAAAAUCUGAGCAAUCAAUUGCAUAACAUAA